AUGGAACAAGAUAAACGAUGCCUGGUGGCGGACCGGUACAAUCAGGAUAAUAGAAAUUUAAUGGUGGUUUGGAAUUGGUCGAGAAGCCUAAGCUCGGCCGAAGAAUUACUGGAAUGGCACGAGUUGAUCGGGCUCCUCGAUAAUGUCACUUUGUCCGAUGGCAAAGAUGGUUGGGAAUGGUUGGGAGGUAAUGACUCUAAUUUUUCGGUCAAGAUUGUCAAGAACUUCCGGUAUAACAGCUCCGAUUUCAGCAGCAGGCACGUUGUGAAAUGGUCAAAAUGGGUCCCAAAAAAUGCAAUAUUUUUUGUUUGGAGGGCGGUUUUAGAUAGUAUUCCCACGCUGACUGCACUCCGGGAUCGAAACUGUUGGGGCAGAGACGUGAAAUGUUGUCUGAGUGAAGAUGGCGAUGAAAUGGAUGAACACCUUCUUUGUUCGUGCAGGGUAGCGUCGAUUGUCUGUUAUCACAUCAGUGAGUGGUGCAAGGAAAAAAUUAUUCGAAGCUGCUCAUGGAUUGACAACAAGGAUGUAUUUGAUUAA